AUUCAAGAAAUGAGCCUUUUUGGAAGUACUGGGACUUCGACAAGUUCUUCACCUUUUGGGGCUAAACCUGGUGGACUUUUUGGAGGGACAACAACUCAACAGUUACAACAAGUUUCGAGUGACACCGUUCAAGCAUUAAAAUUUAAUCCUGCUGCAGCCAACACUCCAAUAUUUCUUGCUGCUGGAUCGUGGGACAAUACUUGCCGAAUUUGGGAAAUUAAUGAGAAUGGACAAAGUGAACCUAAAGCUAUGCAGGAUUUGGGGGCUCCUGUACUUUCUGUGGAUUGGUUUGAGGACAGUUCAAAAGUAUUUAUUACUUGUUGUGACAAAAGUGUUCGUUUAUGGGAUUUACAAUCAAACUCAGUUGUUGUUGUUGGACAACACGAUGAUUGUGUUAAAUCUUGUCAUUGGGUGACUGCUUCUAAUUAUCAGUGUUUAAUGACUGGUUCAUGGGAUCGUUCAUUACGUUUUUGGGAUAUGCGUCAAUUACCAACAGUUUCUUCACUUGCAACAAUUAAUUUACCUGAACGUGUUUGGUGCUCUGACAUGAUAUAUCCUUUAGCAGUUGUUGGAAUGGCUAAUCGACACAUAAAAUCAUAUAAUUUGGAAGGACAACCACAAGAAAUUCAGGAUGUUGAAUCUCAAUUAAAAUAUCAAAACCGUUCCAUUGCAAUUUUUAAAAAUAAAAUAAAUAAUCAACCUGGAGGGUUUGCACUUGGGUCUAUUGAAGGUCGUGUAGCCAUUCAAUGUUUGGAUGCAAAGGACAAUAAAGACAAUUUUACUUUUAAAUGUCAUCGAUCUUCAGAAUUAAUUAAUGGCUUCCAGGAAAUUUAUCCGGUAAAUGUCGUAGCUUUCCACCCAAUCCACCAAACACUUUGUACUGCUGGUGCAGAUGGACGUUACUCAUUUUGGGAUAAAGAUGCACGUACUAAACUUAAAGGAUCUGACGCUAUGGCAAUGCCUAUAACUGCUUGUCAUAUACACCAAGGAGGAAAUAUUAUGGCUUAUUCUAUUGGUUACGAUUGGAGUAAGGGCUCAGAGUACAGCUAUCCAACGAAUGUUACUAAAAUUUAUUUGCAUGCCUGUAAUGAGGAAAUGAAGCCGCGAGUUAAGAAAUGAAUUGUGUGUAUUUAUUUAUUUUAAUUUUUUCUUAAAACCUCUUAAAACUUUUUUCAACUGAAAAUUGAAUUUUUUGAUUUAAUUUAAAUAAACAUUUCCAUUCUUCGAAAUGCCCAUUCGACAAAAUAUCAAUUUUGCGAAAUGUCCAUUCCUCGAAAUGUCCUUUGUAUAA